ACAGGGGCUCCGCGCGUCCCUCUCUGGGCUCUACCCCCCGCUACCACAACCCCCUUUCUACAAAAACUCCAGCCCGAGUCUGCAGUUUCUCACUCCUCGGUCUUUGGGGAGCUCCGCGCCCCGGCGGGGGGUGCGAUGGCCGCGGGUGCGGAGGGCUGGCGUUUGCCCCCUCAAGUCGCCCGCCGGGUGCUCGCUCUUGCCACUGGCAGACUUUUCUUUCUUUCUUUCUUUCUGUUUUUUUUUUUUUUUUUUUUUCCUCUUCUUCCCACCCCCCCAUAUUGACUACUUGAGAGUUCUCUAUUUAUAGCAGCGAGGAACAAGGGAAGUGUGCCAUGUUUGUGGAUUUCUCUCUAUACAUUGACCACGACAGAAAUCUGCGGGUUCUUAUUUUUAGCUGGCUCGGAAGAGGCUUUGCCUGGCUAAUCUCUUUAUCAAUUUUAGCAAAGUUUUUUUGUUGUUGUUGUAUUGUGAGUAAUUUGGGGGGAGGGCUGGUGCCUGAGGAUGUGCUUGCACUGCGAUCGACCCCGACGAGUUAGGCUGAGUUUGGGGCGCAGUUUGCCGGUGAGUAGGACGGACCUUCCCCGGGGAGGCGGCCCCGAAGCACCCUCCGAACGUCCCUACACAAAGGGGCAGGUCUUUGGGAUCAGGCCCUUCGGAGCCGGAGGCCUGGGGUGAGAAGCUCCCCCAGAGCCUGGCUGCCGGGGCAGAGGAGGGGGCUCGACCGCUCCGCUCUCCUCCCGCUAUUGUUGAGCCCCCUCGCUUCGAGCAGCCGCUGAAAACAAGUGCAAAAAGCUCGGGAUAAAUCCUCGCCAUCGCCCUGCCGCUACUUUUAGUAUUUUUUUUCUUUCCCUUUCCUCCUCUCUCGUUGGCUCAUCUGCUGUUAUUAUCAGUCUUUUCCAUAUGGCCACUUUAAUUAAUGGCAGACAAAAGGGAGUUAGGGAGGGGAGGAGGAAUCCAGGAAUUAGAGUUUAUAGUUGGUUUGUCUCUGAUGCUGUCAUAGAAACCAGAAGCAAAGAUGCCGCCUUUCCACUUCUUUGUAUGAUCCUGUUUAUUGUUCCCGAGCGGCGCAGAUUGGAGCAGGCGCAUGUUGCAAAGCGCAAACCACCGCCUGCUGCUGCGGCCCGAGAAGCCCGGGCACGACUUGUCCCCUUUAGCUCUUUCUCUCUCAAAGCUGCCUUCCCUCUCCUCUCCUUUCCCCUCUUUCUCCUGCCCCGGGAAGAACAAGGAUAACUUUUUGCUUGCGUGUUUUUUUGUUUGGUUGUUGUUGUUUUGUUUUGUUUUGUUUUGUUUUCCAAGUGGUGUACGGGGUUUGCGGGAUCCCAAAGGCUAGUUGAGUCGGCAAAGUCCUUCAGAAAGUUGAGUUUAUCCUUUCACAGAAAGCAGACGGGAGCUGACCCUUGUUAUCCCGGCGGAGCUGGGGUCCGUGUACCCCGGAACGACGGGUCCGGGUCUGGCCCGAAGUGCCGUUACGGCGGGGGCACCGUCUCCCCGGGGGUGAGCGGCGACUUCCCGGGGGUCUCGUCGAGGAGGCGUCUGGGCGGGCAGAGCUGCUUGUCCCCUGCGCAACCCCGAACAAGAGGCCGUGAAUCCGACCCCUGCUCCCCGUCCCAGCCCUCGGGGGGAGAGGGGACAGCAGGGGCAACUCGGACUGCAGGAGAGCCGGAAAUGCAGCUCCCCCCACCUCGCACCCUCCUGGGCGCACCUGCAAGGGGGAUGCUGGGGCUCGGCCCGGUCGGAGGGGCGUCCCGCCUCGGGACAGUGCUGAUUGUCACUGCUGAGGGUGGCGUUGGUGUCCCCUCGCCUUCCCCUUUUUUACCCCCACGCCCUCGCCGUGUGGCUAGUCGGUUCCUGCUCCCUUUGCCCACAGGCUCCUCCGUGUCCCCAAAGCAGGGAGGACACAGAGCAGGGGGAGAGCAGCCCAGGGGUCGGGGCAGCGGCCCCCACACCUCCCCCAGGUUUUGUUUUGUAGAGCCGGGCUGUGUCGGUUAAUGGCCCCGGGGGGGGCACACAGCGAACCCCGGCGCCUUCCAGCCGCGGGCUGGGGGAAGUCAUUAGGCCGGCGACUAACCCUGAUGGGCCGGGACUUUUCCCAGCGACCCGAAGCUGGGGGUGGGCAGACGAAGCUCCGGCUCUGCGCUCCCCGUCCCUCGGAGUCCCCGGGGGGGGCCGGCAGCGGAGCGGCCCCCGUUCCCGGCAGUCAGAUGAUGAGGGCAGGGCUGGCUUAGCAAGACGUAGCUCGGCGUCAGAGCAGCUGCCAUUUUAUCAGGCAGUGCUAAACUCCCCCCCACUCCUCCUCCCGCCCCCGCGGAAGCCUUCGCUUUGAGCGGCUGCCUCCAAACUUGGCUUCUUGAUAGGGCAUGCUGCUCAUCUUGGGCUUUGGGGGGAGCAGUGCACCCUAAAUCAGCAAUAGACCCUAACCAGGCUGAUUUACACAGCUUUGGGUGCUCAGGAAUAGAAACUCUUCUCCUUCCCCCAAAUCCCACCGUGGUUUUGCACCAGGGCUUGAGGAGAGCAAGUGAGUUCACUCUCCUGAGCUUGAAAAUAAUCAGGAGAUGCAACGCAAAAUUUGUCACUAGCUCCCUGUCCGGUGAGGGACAGAACACUCCUUUUGCAACCUGCGGGUGCUUAUUUUGCAAGCGGUGCUGCUGUCCACCUCACUCGAAGGUUUGGGGAGACUCUUUGCCCCCCCAAGAGCUGAGUGAUGAGGGGAAGCGUCAGGUUUACAGGAAAGGCCGAAGUGUGCGGGGGAAAUCGCCACGGCUGGGCUGGGCUUCCCAGAAGACAUGAAAUCAGCGUGGGCAGGGGAGGGAGAAGGUGGUGGGAGGGGAAGCAUCGCUUCACCACUGGGAAGUCAGACACGAGAAUUUAAUGGCAAAGUAGGGGGCAAUACCCGGUCUCUCCUUUGCUUUUUGUGUGUAUGUGUCAGUUUGCAAAUGAGAAGGACUUAGUUUUACAGCUGCAAACUGUAUGGUGUGGUUACUCGAGCUGUUUUCUUAACAACAAAGGACAUCUCCGUCACCACUUUGUAGCUGUUCUUUCUCGUACGUGGGAGCUGACGGUGGAGGAUCCACGCUGUAAACUUAGAGCUAAGAAUACACCACCAUGUGCUACUUUUAUUUCUCUAAGAAGUCCUGCUCUGAGUUAUUUGCUGUGCAAAUGCUGUUUACUCUCUAGCUGUGCAGACAAGGAUGCUGACAGCGGGGAGGGAAGCUAACAGACCCCAGGGUUAUUUGUCUUUUGGGGAGAGAGCCCUACAGCAGCAGUGUGAUAGGGACUAGCAGGCUGGGAUUAACUUCUACCCAUCUUCUCAGUUUCCAGGUAUUUCUAGAGGUUUGUCAGGGCAGAAGUUGCUGUCAGGAAGCCUCACACUUUGCACAUUUCUCCUGGGUUUUGCUGGUUUUUGCAAAGAAUAACUCCACCACCUACACAUCAGCGCUGCUCUCCCUGGCUGUGCAAUGCAAAGUCCCCCCACAUCUCUAGCAUCCUUUAGCCUGGCUCGUGUGAAACUUCCCAUCUUAAAAUAUUCUAUAUCACUUCUGAGCCUGUUUACCCUUGCAAUGUAGAAACUUGGCCCAUCACCUAAUCCUCAGAGAGGAGAUCGUGGUGUGAAUAGAGAAGCUUGGUGAUAAGCACGUGCUAUGAAAAGUUUCUGGGAUGGGAGAAAUGCCCCAAAUCACCUUGCUUUUAGAGUGAAAUGAAUUUACUCGAGAUUUCUGAUCUGGGAUCUGGGAACAAGGUCAAGAGUAAUGACGAAGAGCAGGGCUGGGGCAUCCCUUCUGCUCCCUUCAGAAGUGGGAGUGCAAUGUCACCCCUCACUGCCCCUCAAUAUUUUCACCAAGGAGAAAAGAGCUUGGCUUGUGUGCGUUUGGAGGAAGCAAGUUCCCCCUCCUAGCAGGUUGAUUCAUGGAAGGUAAUUUCUGAAUGUGGAGUGUUUGUCCUUGCAGAGCUUGGGAGCUGCUUCACCGGGAGCACCUGUGUGGUGGCUCAGCCCUUUGGGAAAACACGGAUGGUGAAGAGCAGCUUCCAAGAGUCUCCUCCCCGUGCAGCUUUGCUGGAUUUCCCAGUAGGAGGGCAUCCCUCCACUUCUCCAAGAUGCUUUGCCUCUGGGAAGAGGUUGUUUUUGCCAUGGGAGCAUCUGGCGGUGGACAGUGAGAAAAUGAAUUUCGGGGUGAGCUGCUGAAUCAGAGGUGGACCUGUGGAGAGAAGAUCAGCAGCUGCGAGGGAGCUGCCAGCCUGCACGGCACACGCAUCAAGAUGAGUUUAGAAAAUGACGAUAAGAGAGCACGCACACGAUCGAAGUCUAUCAGAGUGCCCACGGAGCUCAUCGGCCAGGAGGUGAGCUGUCCAACCCCAGGCUGUAACGGCUCAGGACACAUCCGUGGGAAGUAUGCAAGACACAGAAGUUUACAAAGCUGCCCUCUCGCAAAGAAGAGGAAACUUCAGGAUGUGGAAACCGAGCAUCUGGUGUCAAAGAGAAAAUCCCAUCCACUCAAGCUGGCCUUGGAUGAAGGCUACAAUGUCGACAGUGAUGGCAGCGAGGAGGCCGAGGCGAAGGAGGAGUCCGGCUCUGAAGAGUCAGAGGGGACGCUGGAGGAGGAUGAGUCAGAGGUGGUGGAGCAGGAGGAGACCCACAGCCCUGAAACGGCAGAAGAGCGAAGCCCAGCAAAAUCAACCCAUUACGGACAAAACACGGCAACAAGUACAUCUGGGCCCAGCAAGGCCAACUACAGCAGCUAUCAAGAAAUAAUUGCCAACUCCCUCCUCAACCUUGGCCAGAUAGCGGAGGAAACCCUCGCCAUCGAAGGGCAGCUGCCUGAAGCUGAGCUGCAGGUCUCCAAGCCACCAUCCAACGUUGUGCACCUGGUCCAUGAGGAUGCUGGAGAGGAGCUGGUGGAGGAGGAGUGUGACAAGGAGAUCAUCAUCCAGACAGAGGACGCAGAGGAGGUCAUCGAGGUUACCAGCGAACGCAGCAGUGAGUUGUGUCCGGAGCACCGGGACGAUGCAAACUGCGAGGAGUCCUGCAAACUGCAAAAGGCUGAAGUAGAAGAAGAAGAUGAGGAGAACGAGGAGGAGGAUGAAGAUGAUGAUGAGGAGGAGGAGGAGGAAGAAGAGGAGGAAGAGGAAGAAGAAGAGGAGGAUGAAGAGGAUGAGGAGAUGGCUCCAGAAGUGAUCUGUGAAGAAGCUCCUCACACUUCUCAGGACACCCAGAAAAGUCACUGUGAAGGGCAGUUCAGCCCGAAGCCCGAGUACUCCGUCAUUGUGGAGGUCCGGUCGGAUGAUGACAAAGAUGACGAUGCCCGCUCCCAGAAAUCAGCAGUGACUGACGAGUCAGAGAUGUACGACAUGAUGACGAGGGGGAACCUGGGGCUGCUGGAACAAGCCAUCGCCCUGAAAGCUGAGCAGGUCAAAAUCGUGCGGGAGCCCAGCCGGCUGCCAGGAGAGCAUGUCAAGCACUUCCAGGUGGAUGAGAAACCGAGCAAACCACUGGACAGCAUCCGAAAGAACUACUACGGCAAAGAUCCCUCAAGACCUGAGAAGCGAGAAAUCAAAUGUCCGACUCCUGGCUGCGAUGGGACCGGCCACGUCACGGGUCUCUACCCUCACCACCGCAGCCUCUCUGGGUGUCCGCACAAAGACAGGAUCCCUCCCGAGAUUGUUUUUGCUUCCCUUCCCUUCUCCCCUUCCCCUUCUUGCUCCAAAGUCUUGGCGAUGCACGAGAACGUGUUGAAAUGCCCCACGCCAGGCUGCACAGGACAGGGUCACGUCAACAGCAACCGCAACACGCACAGGAGUUUAUCUGGGUGCCCCAUUGCUGCUGCUGAAAAAUUAGCCAAAUCACAUGAAAAGCAACAAACCCAGUCUGGUGAUCCCACGAAGACCAGCUCUAAUUCCGACCGGAUCCUCAGGCCUAUGUGCUUUGUGAAGCAACUGGAGAUCCCUCAGUACGGAAGCUACCGGCCCAACAUGGUCCCAGCAACCCCCCGGGCCAACCUGGCCAAGGAGCUGGAGAAAUACUCCAAGGUCACCUUCGAUUAUGCAAGUUUUGAUGCUCAGGUUUUUGGCAAACGCAUGCUUGCCCCAAAGAUUCAGACUAGCGAAACCUCACCUAAAGCCUUUAAAUCCAAACCUUUUCCAAAGGCCUCUUCCCCCAGCCACAGCCCCUCCGGCAGUUACGUGAAGAGCACUUCAUCUUCCUCCACAGCCUUCGACUACUCCCACGAUGCCGAGGCCGCGCACAUGGCGGCCACCGCCAUCCUCAACCUCUCCACCCGCUGCUGGGAAAUGCCAGAGAAUCUCAGCACCAAGCAACAAGAAGCCCCCGGCAAGUCCAUGGACAUUGAGGUGGAUGAAAACGGGACCCUGGACUUGAGUAUGAACAAGCACCGCAAGCGGGAGAGCACCUUUCCCAGCAGCAGCAGCUGCAGCAGCAGUCCCAGCGUCAAGUCCCCAGACGUGUCCCAGCGCCAAAACAGCACCAGUGCCACAAGCAGCACCAUGACCUCCCCCCAGUCCAGCCAGACCUCCCGCCAGGAUGAGUGGGAUGGGCCCAUCGAUUACACAAAACCAAACCGGCAGCGGGAAGAGGAGCCUGAAGAGUCAGAGCCUGCCGCCCACUCUUUUGCCUCCUCGGAAGCUGAUGAGCAAGAAGCGUCAGAGGAAAACUUUGAAGAACGAAAAUACCCCGGGGAAGUUACUUUAAGCAACUUCAAGCUUAAAUUCCUCUCCAAGGACAUCAAGAAAGAGCUGCUCACUUGCCCGACCCCAGGCUGUGACGGCAGCGGACACAUAACGGGAAACUAUGCCUCUCACCGCAGCCUUUCUGGUUGUCCUCUUGCUGACAAGAGCCUCAGAAACCUCAUGGCUGCCCACUCUGCUGACCUCAAGUGCCCUACUCCUGGUUGUGAUGGCUCUGGUCACAUAACAGGAAAUUAUGCAUCACAUAGAAGUCUGUCAGGCUGCCCUCGUGCCAAGAAAAGCGGGAUCAAGAUCACACCGACAAAGGAUGAUAAAGAAGACCCAGAGCUGAUGAAGUGUCCGGUUCCUGGUUGCGUUGGGCUUGGACACAUCAGCGGCAAAUAUGCCUCUCACCGUAGCGCAUCAGGGUGUCCCCUCGCAGCCCGCCGGCAGAAGGAAGGAUCGCUCAAUGGCUCCUCGUUUUCCUGGAAAUCGUUGAAGAACGAAGGUCCAACCUGCCCUACCCCAGGCUGCGAUGGCUCCGGCCACGCCAAUGGGAGCUUCCUCACUCACAGAAGUUUGUCAGGGUGUCCAAGAGCUACUUUUGCUGGGAAAAAAGGAAAACUCUCAGGGGAUGAAAUUCUCAACACCAAGUUCAAGACCAGCGAUGUUCUGGAGAACGACGAAGAGAUCAAGCAGCUGAACAAGGAGAUCAGUGAGCUGAACGAGUCCAACUCGGAAAUGGAAGCAGCCAUGGUGAAACUGCAGUCGCAGAUCUCCACCAUGGAGAAGAACCUGAAGAACAUUGAGGAGGAGAACAAAAUCAUAGAGGAGCAAAACGAAGCCCUGUUCCUGGAGCUCUCAGGGUUGAGCCAGGCUCUAAUCCAAAGUCUUGCCAAUAUUCGCCUUCCGCACAUGGAGCCAAUUAGCGAACAGAACUUUGACGCGUAUGUGAACACGCUGACUGACAUGUACACCAACCAGGACUGCUACCAGAACCCGGAGAACAAGGAUCUGCUGGAGAGCAUCAAGCAAGCUGUCAAGGGCAUCCAGGUUUAGAUGGGGAUGGAGAUGAGGAAACAAACAGACUGUAAGAUGGAACUUUCCUUCCAAGUAAUCAGGUUUACAAGUUAGAAAACUUGUUUAAUGAAUGAAAAAAAAAAAAACAAAACUUAAAAAAAUAAGGACCAAAAUGUAACCAAGAGGCCAUUUCUGAGACACGGAACUGAUCGAACUCAAUGUUCUCGUUUACUUAACUUUGGACCUUCUUGAGAAAAGUGGGAUUUUUCUACCUGGACUACAAGGUAGAUGAGGAUGGAAGGUUAAAUUCUCCAGUAGGCUGUGGGGCUUGGUAGCUGGUGAAGAGCAGACAGCUUUCCUGAGCUGCCACGCUCUCACAGAGUUGAUCCAAGGGUUGAAACGUUGCAAGAACAGGGUCUUGUCUAAUCCAAGACUAGCGUAAGACUGGCUUAAACCCUCAUGUUGUCUAUGGUUGUAUGUCCAGAUCACCUGCUCACACAUGAAUUACGUUCUGUAUUGCUACAAGUGCUGGAGCGGCAAGCUACCUGUAAAUCUGAACCUGUGCUGGGCCUCCCAACCCUGAGCUGUUCAGAUACCCACUGGGCACAGGACCUCUGAAGUAUUAUAAAGUAGCUUAUUUUUAUUUUCUGACAGAAAUCCGAAGAGUGGUUCUGGAUCUCCAGUGGAAAGCGCAAUGGAAAAAAGGUUCUCAGGGAAGCUUUUGGAGUUUGCAACUACAGUAUUCCUUUGUCUGUCUUAACUAUGAGAAUAGCUAUUAUGAAUAGGCCAAUACCAGAUAUUUCAUACAGAAGAAUUCUUUAAUGUGUCAUGGUCCAGUGUAUAUGAUUUUUUGGAAGUCUGUUUGAUGACAGUUCUGGUUCUUUUCAUUAUUGUGAUCAUGCUUACAGCAGCGCAGUACUGCCAGUCCAGAGAUCAUACAUCGAUGCCAGAGAACGUUUGAGAUUGUGAUGAACAAAAAGAAAAGAAAAAAGAAAACAACAUAAAGAGAGAUGUUAAUUGAUGGCCAGCAAAGUGCUUACCUACCCUGAAUCAGUAGUUGAUUUCUUACAGAUAUCCACAGGGCAAUGAGUAUUUUUUGGUUUGGUGUUCUAAGUUUUGUGCAAAAUCACAGUGCAAGCACCAUUCUGAAAAGACAAAAAAAUGAGAGUAUUCAGGUAUUGGGUAUUCUUCCAAAGAAGCAUUUUGUAAGCAGCUUGGUACAUGCAGCCCACUGUGCACUUACAGGACAACUCUAUGAAUGUCUUUGCGACACGGCUCUCCAGCACCCGCCCUAUAGCGUGUGGAGCCACCUGUCACCCCGCGGGUUUGCUGUCCCCAACCUUUGCUCCUGCCUGGAGCUCACUGUCCCCCUGCUACAAACACUUUGGGAACGGAGCGGGGCAAAACCUCCCAAAGGGGUCCCAGUGUGGGGUGCAUCUGUGUCCCGCAUCUGCAUCCCACAUCGUUCAUCUGCAUCCUACAUCCCACAUCUGCAUCCCUCCUGGCAGCAGGGCAGGCAGAGCUGGGGAGUAUUUUGCUGCCCCACACUAAAGGCAAGACUGUGGCAUCGUUUGGAGCCCAAUCCUGCAGAUAUUUAGGAAAAACUCCACAAUUUGCAGAAGUCAGUGGAUUCCCAGUGAUGGCAGUGGCCACCGACUGGUGUCGUUCCUGCUGGGUUCAGUGGGGGCGGCUGGCACAGGGGGGUUGCUCACACACGUGUUUGCAGGAUCAGACUCCACAAGUUCACUUAUUUUAGAACCCAUUCCAAGUGCAAAACUACAAAAAAGAAAGGGGAAAAAAAAUAAUAAUUUGAGGUGUUAAAAACACAAUGUUCUUAACAUGUAAAUAGAGUCCAAAUUGAUUGUGACUGCAAUUCAGUUAGUAUUUAAAAGUAGAGAAAUUGCACUUCCUGGAAGAAAGAGAGGAAAAAAAGAAGUAGUUAGUUUAAUUAUCCUGUAAAUUAUUUAAUUUUGGCAAGAUGUAUGUAAUUUAUAUUUACAACACCUUAUGUUAACUUUUUGCUAUUUAUUUAACUUUUUUAUUUAUUAAUUUUAUACUUAUUUUGAACUGGACACUGCACCAUAGAAAAGAAAAGAAGCAAAAAAAAAAAGUUAAAAAUUUAAACUUUUGACCAUAAAAAAUGAUAUUCCAAAAAAAAAAAAAAAAAGAAAAAAAAAAGAAAAAACCUAUCUACAACUCCUACUUGUAAUUUUGAUGCAACCAAGUUAUUUUUUAUAUAUUUUGUUAUUUAUUCUUUUAACGAUGGGAAUUUUUUUAAAGAUAUUUUAUAACUGAGACAUUUUGAUAAUUUUUUGGUUUGAUUUUUGCGGGGUGGGGGCACCGGGGUGAACAGAGACUUCUUCCGUUUCUUUCUUUUUCAUUCAUAUUGUUUCAGGCACUGAUAACAGGAAAUGAAAAUUCUGUAUUUAUUAUUUAUUUAAUAUUUAAGUCGGGGGGGAAAUGAACUGUGCUCUUGUUGUAUAUUUAUUUUGUCGUUUGUGUGUUGGUUAUGUGAUGACUGAGUACUUGUUUAUGUGAAGGAAUACUGUUAAUAUUUAAAUAAUAAAGAGUCACAUUGAAAGUUAUAGCAGGCUACAUGUUAUUCUGUGAAAACGAUACUGUGAUCUACUUUCCUCAGGAAAUGUACUUUGCAGACAGAACUUCCUCAUGUACUGGCAGGGUUAUUUCGUAAUAAAACCCAGUUCUGUUUGUGACUUUA